AUGAAAUUGCUGUGGAAAGCUAAAAUGACCACAAUUCAGGACGGGGGUGAAGAGGUGGAAGAUGGAGCUGUUUACAAUGUCACCCUGAAAAGAGUGCAGAUUCAGCAGGCUGCCAACAAAGGAGCAAGAUGGCUAGGGGCUGAGGGGGACCAGUUACCUCCAGAACAUACUGUCAGCCAGUAUGAAACAUGCAAGAUUAGGACAAUAAAAGCUGGAAGUUUGGAGAAACUUGUGGAGAACCUUCUGACAGCUUUUGGGGAUAAUGAUUUUACCUACAUCAGUGUCUUCCUCUCGACAUACAGGGCCUUUACUUCUACUAAGGAAGUGCUGGAACUUCUCCUUGACAGAUAUGGAAACCUGGAGGAGACCUCAAGCUGUGAAGAAGAUGAAAGCCAGAAUUCCUCUGAAUCCAAAACAGUACUCAGGACUGCAAUAGCAUCAAUCUUACGAGCCUGGCUUGAUCAGUGCUCUGAGGAUUUCAGAGAGCCACCCGACUACCCAUGUUUGCUGAAGUUGCUGGAUUACCUGAAGAAGAAUAUACCUGGUUCUGACCCGGAGAAGAGGGCACAAAACCUCUUGGAGCAGUUCCAGAACCAAGAAGUGGAAAAUGACAAUGGGUCCCUUAGCACUUCCACCUCUAACCUAUGUGAUGAAGAGGAAACGGAGACCAGUCCAGAAGAAUUCUCUCUUUUCCAAGAAGACCUUGUGGCAGAACAGUUGACAUACAUGGAUGCAAAACUCUUCAAGAAAGUUGUGCCUUACCACUGUUUGGGAAGCAUCUGGUCUCGAAGAGAUAAGAAAGAAAAUGAGCACCUGGUACCUACCAUCAGAGCCACCAUCUCUCAGUUUAAUGCAGUUACCAAAUGUGUUGUCAGCACUAUCCUGACAAGCAAAGAACUCAAAACACAGCAAAGAGCCAAGAUCAUUGAGAAGUGGAUUCAUGUUGCACAUGAAUGUAGGAUCCUGAAGAAUUUUUCCUCCUUGAGGGCCAUCAUUUCAGCACUGCAGUCCAACUCCAUCUAUCGGCUAAAGAAGACCUGGGGAUGUGUUCCAAAGGACAUAAUGCUGAUGUUCGAAGAGCUGUCUGAUAUCUUUUCAGACCAUGACAAUUAUUUGACAAGCAGGGAGCUGCUAAUGAAGGAAGGAACAUCCAAAUUUGCGAAUCUGGACAGCAGUGUGAAAGAAAAUCAGAAAAGGACACAGAGACGACUGCAACUUCAAAAAGAUAUGGGAGUAAUGCAAGGCACGGUACCUUAUCUUGGUACCUUCCUCACUGAUCUCAUCAUGCUGGACACAGCUCUUCAGGACUAUAUUGAGGGUGGCCUGAUAAAUUUUGAGAAGAGGCGAAAGGAAUUUGAAGUAAUUGCCCAAAUUAAGCUCCUGCAAUCUGCAUGUAACAGCUACUGCAUGACACCAGACCAAAAAUUCAUCCAGUGGUUCACGAGACAGCAGCAUUUAACCGAGGAGGAGAGUUUCACCCUGUCACGUGAGGUUGAAGCAGCUGCUGACACUAGCGCCACAUCGCCAAAGGCUCGGAAAAGCAUGGUGAAGAGGUUCAGCCUACUGUUUCUAGGCUCUGACGUGAUAGCCCACAGCACACCCAUCAAAGAGCAACCCAAAUCUACUCCAGGUGGGAGCUCUAGUGAAAGCACGGACUCGGCCAGUGUUUCGUCAUGUGAGUUAAAUCACUCUGAACCUGAAGACGUCUGCACCACUCCCGUAGACACUCCUGAUGAGUCUCAGAAAAAGCUCUCUGAAUCCUCCUCCUCUUCCUGUUCCUCCACCCAUUCCAUGGACACAUCUUCCUCGGGGGUGUCAUCUUCAGUCUCACCCCCAACUUUGCCGUCCUCCAACGACAAGUGCUCUGUCUCCGAGACACCCGUUACCUCAAAAGAACUGCCUCUUGUUUACAACCAGCAGAACAAAGAUAUGUGCAUCAUCCGGAUCAGCAUAGAAGACAACAAUGGCAAUAUGUACAAGAGCAUCCUGCUAACUAGCCAGGACAAAACUCCUGCUGUCAUCCAGAGAGCUAUGAUGAAGCACAACCUGGAAUCUGACUCAGCUGAGGAUUAUGAGCUUGUACAGGUCAUCUCUGCAGACAAAGAGCUGGUGAUGCCAGGGAACGCCAACGUGUUCUACGCCAUGAACAGCCAUGUGAACUUCGAUUUCAUCCUGCGGAAAAAAGCUUCAGCCAACGGGCAGGUGAAAAUGAGGAGCCGUUGCAGUCUGACACUCCCCAGGGCUGCCAAGCGGGGGUGCUGGAGCAACAGGCCCAACAAAAUUACACUGUGA